AUGGCUCAAACUGGUGUCCCUAGAAGCACGCUUCGAGCCCUCUUUGCAGAAUACAAGAAGAAUGGGCAUAUUUUGCGCACCAAGGAGUCUGCAUAUGAGAUACGAGGACAAAAGAGAAAGCUCACUACAGCCAAUGUUGGGUUCCUUACAGGAAACAUCCAGCAGAGAAAUGAUCUCUAUCUUGAUGAACUUCAAGACCUUGUUUCUAGCCGUCUUGGAAUAAGUGUUGAUGAUUCGACUAUUUGGAGAACACUUCAUAGACAAGGCUUUACUAUGAAGAAGUUGAGUAGGGCUGCAAUUGAGCGCAAUGAAGACCGGCGAGCACAGUUCCGCCUUGAAUUUGGGUGA